GAUGUGGUUUCUUGGCGAAGGCGGAGCCCAUCUCCAGACAGAGGCUAUCUUCGCCGGCGUUCCUCCAACUCUGCAGCACCGGCAGUCCUUAAGGCGGACGCCCUAUCUCCAGCGAAUGGCGGGGGAGAUCCGAUCCGAGGGAAACCUCCGGCGUGUUCUCGCCUUGGGCCUGGGUGGCGGCCUCUUGCCAGCUGCCUUGGCGCAGUCAGGUGUGCAGGUGCUAGCCGUCGAGCAGUCCCCAUCAGUUCGGGACCUAGCGACUCGCUUCUUCGGCGUGGAGUGCGCGGGCCUGGAAAUAGUCACCGAGGAUGCGGCGGUUUUCGUGGAGGCAGGAGGGCGCAGUAAGGGUCUCUUCGACGCUUGUGCCGUGGACAUCUUUGAGGGCUGCACUUCCUCCACGCCGGCGUUUACACGGUCGCCCACGUUCCUCCACAGCCUCAAAGAGCUGCUGAAGCCAGGAGCCCCAGUUCUGCAAAACGUCAUCGACUCCGCUGGCGACUUCCUUCAAACGGAGCGGCGGCACCGACGCUUCGGGGCCUCGGGAGAGACCGUGCGAUGUACCUGCUGGGCCCGGAACGCCGCGCCUCUUGGGCCCUUGCGCCCCGUCACCUAUCGAAGACAAACCCAGGAGCUCCACGAACUCCUCAGCGCGUAUCGAGAGGUCUUUGAGGAAGUGGAUGUCUUGAGGCCUGUUUCCUGGGCUCCCGGCCUGCUCCUCCGUGCUCGCGACCGCAAGAAAGUGUUGGAUCCCAACCCCUCCCCAAGGGUUCUAGGAUUCUACAAAUUGGUACUCGCCAUGUUCACCUCUAUAGGCUCUCUUCCAGUCUCAGUCAGUCCGGCGCGCGGGGGCGCGCGCGCGCGUGUGUGUUUUCUAGCUUGCGAAGCUUCGCAAGGUUUGGGUUUUGCGGCAUAA